AUGAUAUUUGUUAUUUUCUUCAUCGUUUUGGUGCAUAAAGCUAAUGCGUAUGAAAUAAAGGAAAUGGAUUCUUUUUAUUAAUUUUCAUCGGAGACAAUAGAUUUGAACGAAAUUGUUGGGAGUGAUGAAAUCUCAUAUGGAUAUGGAGUCUGGUCAAAAUAUAAUCCUUUGAGUACAAUUUCUUAAGUUGGAACAAUUGGUUUGUUUGAUAGUGAUUGUUUUCAUAUACACAAUGCUGUGGAUUAACAAUCUUAGAGUUUGAACUUUAUUUACUAUGAUUGCCUGGAUUACUCAUCUUUGAAAAUUGUUAAGACAAUAACAUUCAUAGAUGAGGUUGGAGAAUAGCAUAAUUUCGAAGUGAAUAUAGAUAGCUUUUAGUAUGAAAAUGUUUGGUUUUACUUUUAAAUAUAAUAAUGGCCUAAAUUGAAGAUAUUUGAGUUAAUGAUAAUCUAAUUAGAAAUAGUGACGAUGAAGAGGAGGUUGCCAAUAGCACGUCCUUUCAAUGAUGAUAAAAUAAUUAUAACUUUUGGCGGAGGACUGUAAGUACAGAAAUCUUUGAUCACAACAUUUGAAUUGGGAAAAAAGUUUUCAUACUUUCCUGGUAGAAUGAUUUUGGCGAAAUUUGCUGUUGUCCAAUAAUCUCCUGAUUUAGACUACGAAACUAUAAGUCUAGAUGCUUUUUCGACAUAUCGAGUUUGUGUAUGCUAGGACAGUAAGGGAAUGAAGAUAAAUGAUAUUGAUUUGAAAUAUAUGGACAAAUUGGCUUAUUUGUCGAAUUUGGUUAACUGCAAUAGUUAUGGUUUUUCUGGAUGGUUCAAAAUUGCAGAGAUUGUCCAAAUAUCAGAAAAAUUGGAAUAUAAGUUUUUCAAGCUAUCAUAAAACUUUGAAGAUUAACUAUCUGACGCCAAUCUAUCACCAUUUUAAUUAGUUUACAAAAUUUCUCCUUUUGGGAAUUAAAUAAUUACAACUACAUAUAGCUAUCCUUUCCCUUUAAUCAAUCUAAAUUUUGAUACAAAUCCUUUUUUAAUAACCAAUUAUUUUGAGAUUACAAAUUUAUUAUCACUUUGGAAUUUUGUAAGCAUUCAAUUGAUAGAAAGAACCUUUGAGAUUAUGAUAAUGAGUUAUAAAGGGAAUGAUAUUACUUAAUUUUCAGCCAAGCAUGAUGUAUAUCAAUUUAACAAUGUUAGAUUAAAAUUACAUUAUGGUAACAUUGAAUAAAAUUCAAAGGAUUACCUAAAUAUUUAAUAUAAAAACCUAGUGUUAUACAAUUGCGAACAUAUUAUCGAUCUAAAAUAUUGCCAUUACACUUGUGGAACUUGUGAUGGGCCAACUAAAUAUGAUUGUUUAACCUGUUCAGCUGAAUCUAAAAGAAUAUAUCUACCUGAACACAAAGUUUGUAUUUGUCCUCGUAAUACUAUUGAUGAUAAAACUUGUAAGUCAUACCAAGAUAUGUAAUUAACCUUAGUAGAUGGCGAUAUUAAGACUACAAACAAUUGCUAAUACGGAUAUUAUGAAUAUUAAGGGGAUUGUCUUAAAUGGUACUUAUAUAAACUAUUACUCUAGUCCAUCUAUUGUUAGAGAUAGAGAACUCUUUUGUAUUGAAUGCUUAGAGAACCCUAAAAAAUGGACUAGUAAUGCCUUUUGCCUUAACAAUCUAUAUUACAAUAAUGAAGGAGAUACUUAAAUAUUAACUUGGCAGAGUGAUUAAUACUUUCUAUUUGAUGGUGAGGAUCUCAAUGGUUGUGACAUUUGCAAUGAAAGCCACAAUUUUGUUGUUGAUGAGUAUGAAAUUGAUGAAGAGAUUGAAAAUUCAUCAACUUCAAAAUAUAUGUGUAGAGAUACUGAUUAUAAAUGUGCUUACUGUAUCUAGACUGUAAGCGAGAAAAUUUGUUUAAGAUGCAAUAUAGGUUACAUCAUGAUAAACCAGAUAUGUACCGAAAAUUAAUAUGAUAAACUUUCAUGCAAUUUAGGAUAAUAUUUGACAUCGAGGAGAUCCUGCUAAGAUUGUCCAAUUAAAAAUUGUAAAUAUUGUUUCGAGUAUCAAAACGACUUUAGUAAAUGCACUCUAUAUAAAAAUUUUGAGGCUUUUAAUUUUGACGAGGAGAUAAAGGUUGGAUGUGCACUUUGCGAGGAAAAUUAUCUAUUUGAUUUUACUUUGGGUUUAUGCAUUUAAAGAUAACCCUCAGAUCAAUUAUGCAAGCGUUCCUUUGUUGAUUUAAAUGGAAAUGAAAUUUGUACACUCGCAGCAAUUGAUGAUUUUAGUAUUGCACCGUAAAUUAUUAAUUGCCAAAAGCAUUAACCUAAUUGCUUAUAAUGCACAAGAUUUCCUUAAUUUAUCAUCAAAUGCAUUGUUUGUGAAUUAGGUUACACAGCCUCUGUCAUCAAUGGAGGUUGUUAUCUAAGUGGAGGAAUAGAUACAUAUGCUAAGGUUUUAAUAGAAGGGGAUUAUACAUUAUAAGAUGGAUCGGUUUAAACUAUUCAAAGCUUUAUGAUGAAACUCUUACCGAAGUCUUAUUUUUAUCCAGCCACAGAUCUAACUGCCAUUAGUACGGAAUAAAUAAUUGAAUGCAUCGAAGGAUACUAACUAAAUAUAUUUGGAUACUGCCAUAAAUCAUGCUCUUCUGAAUGCCGAGUUUGUAAUGAAGAUUCGUUGAAUUAAUUCUUUUGUUAAAAAUGUCCUUUAAAUUAUUACUUUGAGCCUAUUAGAAAUCAAGAGGAAGGAUAGUGUUUUGAAUGCACAUAGCUGUGUAACAUCUGUCGAGCACGUUCAACUGAAGAAAUAUAUGUAAUUAUAGAUUUAAAUAUAUGUUUAGAUUUUAUAACCAACCUACAAAAUAAAAGAUGAAAAUCUUGUUUACACAACAAAGUGUCUAAAACCAAUCAACGAUCCUAAUGUCUAUCUCGAUACUUAUGAUUAAAUAGCCAAGCAUUGUUUAGAUGAUAUCUAGUGUAAACCUUAAUUACAGUUUACGUAUGAUUUUGAUUAUUGCGAGAAUGUUGAUUCAAUGUGGGAAAACAAUAUCAACAUAAAUUAUAGCAAUCAAAUGGGUGUAGAUACAAUAGUUGUUAAAUUUAAUAUUCUCGUAAGUGAUAUAUAAUCCUGUCAUUUUGACGGUUUUAUUGUUAAAAACACUUUAAAAUCUAAAAUAUUCCCCUUAAGAAAUCUUUACUUUAAAUUUGGUUCUGAUGAAACAUUGGUAUUUACUACUUCAGAUCACAUUAAAAUAUCAAAUUUUGACAGACUUGAAAUAUACAAUAUCGCUUAUUGGAGAAGUGAAGAGACUAACUUUAUUAUGAAAAAUAAUCUAUAAUAAAUUGAUCUACAUUUAAGAAAUUUUAAAAUUGUUGAUAGUGAAAUUGUCAACACUUAAGCCAUUUUUUAAACUGAUCUGUUUGGAAGAAUUUAUUUUGAUUCAUUUGAAAUUUUUAAUUCAACAUUUCAGAAUUCAUCACUCCUUGAUUUUGAAAAAUUUCCAAUUAGUGGAGAUAUAGAAAUUAAUAAAAUUAUAAUUAGAAAUUGUACAAUCAAUUAAUCAGACAUUUUUAAUUUUAAAAUGAACUAAGGGUCUAUCUCCAUUGUUAAUCUAAUAUUAGAAGAAUCGUAUCUAUAUAACUCUACUAUCUUUUCGAUAAAUUCAAAUAAUGCAAAUGUAAAAUUUACGAAUUUUUAAAUUAAUGGCAAUUCUUUUUUUUAAUCUAGGUUUUAAAAAAGUAGCCUCUCAUUUAAUCAGGAAUUGAAUGAUAUUUAAAUUUACGAAAAUUUUUUCUCAAAUUCAGAGGCUUUUGAAAUAAAUUACAAUAUCACAAUGUCUGAUUUGCUCAUAUCUAAAAAUACUUUUGAAAACUCAACUCUAUUUUUCACAUCAGAAACUCUGUUUACUUUUAAACUCUAUUAAAAAAUCAACUAACUUUAAGCUAAGUUUAACACUUUCAUAAGUUCAAAUAUUUGGAGAGUUCAGUCAAGCUUAGAAACCAGCAAUUUGAUCUUAAGCCUUGAUUAAAUUAUUCUUUAGGAUAUGGAUAGUAUUGACCAAUUGCAUUAUUUGUUCAAAUUUAAAUGCCAUCAGCUUUUCUUAAAUGAUGUUUCAAUAAAUAAUCUAAAUAACAUUUUUAUCUUCUACAUUUAUUAAAGUAAUUAGAUCUUUGUUGAGAAUAUCUAAUAUUAAGGUUCUCAAAAUUAGUAUAAGAUUCCACUAAUAUAGUCUUGUUAGGAAAUUCCAAGUAAAAAAACUAAACUGUUGAAAAUAAUGGGUUUUUCACAGGUCAACAUUAUUAAGGUUAGGAUAUCUAAUAUAUUUAACAUUGACGAAUCAAACAUAGAAAUUAAUUCUAAUAAUGAAGAUUUAAGCACAACUUUAAAUUAGAUAUAAAUAUAAGACAUUUAAUUUAUAGAGAAUAUUGUAGUCUUAAUAAAUUAGGUCGAAUUCACUUCUCUAUUAAAGAUUAACUCUGAAAAACAAUUAAAUAUCAUUAUAAAUGAUAUUCAUUAUAUAGAAAACAUAUUUCAUUCUUUCGCAGGAAGUGUUUUUAAAUCCUAUGCUAGUUUGAUUUUUUUCAAUUGUAAAAUUUGCAAUGUCAGAAUAAAUAAUUAUCUCUCUAAAUUUAAUGUAUUCACAAAUUCAUCUAAUUCAUUUGUGUAUAUCAAUUCCAAUAUAAUAAAUUUUAACAACUAUUCUGUCCAGAAUCACAACCUACUUCCUUAAAGCGUAUGGGAAAAAUACUUCGAAUUACAAUUAGACAAGUCAUAUAAUUAAGAGGAACUAAAAUAAAUCAUUUAAUAGAUCUUGUUUAUAAAAAACAUAGGUGGGGCAGCAUAAUUAACAACAGCUAAUUUUCAUUGUCUUAAUUGUAGUUUUAUGAAUAUUAGAGCAUAUAAAAGUUCUGUUUUUGAAAUAAUUACAGAGGAGGAAGGUGUAAUCAAAUUGAUAGAUACGUACAUAUCUGAAACAGAACAUAAUCUUGAACAAUUUGCUAACAGUUCAGGAUGUAUAAGCAUUUACUCAUAAAAUAGUUUGUUAAAUUUGAUAAUAACUAAUUCUCAUUUUUCUCAAGUAAUUAGCAGAAUGGCUCCAUCAAUCCUUAGUAUCAUUCCUUCAAAUAUUGAAAAUUUAAUAUCAAUAGUUAGUGUUAACAUCAGAAAUUGUUUAUCUUUAAUUAAUUCCUUCAUGAAAAUAUCAUUCGCAAACAAAAUAGCUCAAUAGAAUAAAAUUCAAAUUAUGAAUCUAACUAUAACCCAAGAUGAAGGAAAUUGGAUCAGUUAUUUUUAUAAAAUUGAACCCUUAACAAACUCUGAAAUUGAAGAGAUAAUAAAUGAAAAGAAUGCUUUAAUGUAUUUUGAAAGUUGUUCAGCUAAUAUUUAAGGUCUAGUAAUUUCAGGGUUAUAUUUAUUUCCAGUCAUUAAAGCUUUAGAUAUCCCCUCCUUCAAAUUAUACAAUUGCAAGAUUGAUUAAAUUUAACUAUUUUACUCAUUUGAUAUUAUUGAAAUCGAAUCAAUUCUUCAAAACUAAAAUGUUGUAUUUAUAUAAUCCUUAAGUAUAACGAACACUUAUACUUAUUAAGCACUUUUGACUUAGGUGCUGAAUACCAAAGUUUUAAAGAUUUACUUGAAUUGUGUGGCAAUUGACAUAUACACUGAAGAAAAAUUUUAAACUUUUUUUGAUAUUCAAAGUUCUUUUUAACAAAAGUCCUAAAAUACUUCAUCAUAUGUUUACAUUAAAAGCAUUUAAGAAAAUUCUAUCUUUACCUUUAAUCUGAUUAAGAUACAAAACAAUAAUUGUUCUUCAUGUAAUGGUUUGAUGUAUUUUAACUUUCUUAAAAGUUAAACACUUAGGAUAACUGAUUUUGAAUGUAUUUCCAACAUAAUUUCAAAUUAUGGAUGCAUCAAUCUAAUUCAUUCAACUCAAUAAUCAAAACAGGUUAAAUUAAUUCAUUCAAGUUUUAUGAACAACAAUGGUAGCCAAGGAGUUGCAAUUACUUCUAUUGGAGCUGCUAUUUUAUUACAAAAUUGUUUAAUCAUAAAUAAUACUGCCAGAGAAAAAGGGGGAGGUCUUUACUUUGAAAUGAAAAAUAGCUCUUUUAUAAUAAAAUCGUCAAUAAUUAUACAGAAUAGAGCUUUGGAAGGAGGAGGAUUGUAUUUGGAAGGAAAUCAAAGCUUAAGUCUUAAUAAUUUUAUUUCAACUUUAUUAUUAUAUAAUUCUGCCAAAUAUUGUGGGAAUAACCUUAUAGAAAGUCCAUCAAAAUUAGUUCUAACUAUCAAUCAAGUAUAAAUGAAAUCAGCUAACUUUAUAUUGAAUAAUAUGACAUAAGCCAAAAUACUGUAAUUAAAACCAUAUAUAACAGUUGAAUAAGAAAAAAUAGUUAGGAGUGAGUAUCUGAAAAUCCCAAGUAACCAAGUUAUAAUGGAUUAUAAUAUUAUAAUACCCAAAAUAUCCUUUUCCCAAAUAUUAUUCUCAGAUCUUAGCUUAUAUUUUUCAAAUAGUAUGGAUGAACAGCUUUAUCACCUACCAAAUUCAACAUGUAAUGUUAGUUAAUAAAUUAUAACUAACUAAGAAAUAUAAAAUAGUACAAAUCUAGGCUAAUUAGAUUAUAAUACAAAAUCUAAUAAUUUUGAUUUAAGAUAUUUGUCACUUCAUUUCAACCCUAAUUUAUAAAAGCAAAGUCAUUUAUAAAUCAUAAUAUAAUGCAAUCCUUAAGAUCAUUCUAAAUAAUUGUAUUACGUUAUAUAAGCACAAUCUUAUAAAUGCUAAUUAGGGGAAUUUUAUGUCGAUGAUGGUUGUCAAUCAUGUUAAUCAAUUUAAGGGUUUUACUCUGUUACAUAUAAUGUGACUAAAUGUUCUAUAUUUGAUAAAUCAAAAUACUUGUCAAUUACAUCAAAUCAACUGAAUUUGUAAGAGGGAUAUUGGAGACCUCAUUAUCUAUCCGAUUACACUACUUAAUGUUUUAAGAACACUCAAAAUUGUAAGGGUGGUUGGCUUGUAGGUGAUGAAAUUUGCCUUCAAGGACACAUUGGAGCAUUGUGUGAAGAAUGUGAUAUUUAUAAUAUUCGAGGUGAUGGAAAAUACUUUAAGAACUCUGAGAUAUUAUAGUGUCUAUCUUGUUUUGGGAUAUCUGAUAGUAUAAUACCAUUUGUUAUGAAUACUGUUUGGUAUAAAUAUAUAUAUAUAUUUAGGGCUGUGUUAUCGAUUGUUUUGACUUUAAUUAGUCUCAAUAAAUCAAAUGAUUUAUUUGUUUUAUUAAGAGUUAAACAAAGAUAGAGUCAAAUCAUUUACAAGUUAACUUAAGGUAUUUAAUUAGUUAAAAUUAGAUUUUGAAAGCAUUUUCAUUAAAAUGAUGCUGAAUUACUUUUGGAUAUUUUCCUUAAUUUUUACAUUUAAUAUUAGUUUCUCUUUCUCUUUUAACUUCAUAGAUAAAGCUAGCAAUACUACUUAUUCAAUGGCAAAUAAUUUAGAUUGCUAUUUAUCAGAUUUAUCUGGCACUGAACUUCUUUAUUUGAAAGUCUUUGUAAUUUUGGUGUUAAUAUUUUGGCAAUUUGUGAUAAUUCUGUUAAUAUUUGUUGCCUAUAGUUUCUUCAAUAAAGAAACUUUUAAAUUUCGAAUAGUCUCCAAUAUCUUACUUUGUUUAUACAUUCUAAAUUACUCAGGCUUAAUAAAAUUGUAAAAUAUCAAUGAUAAUAAUGAAGAUUAGGUUCUAUAAUUUCCCUCAGAGAGAUAUCAGACUAAAUUUAUAUUUAGGGCGAUGUUUCAUUAUUCUACAAUACUUAAAGUCAUUUCAAUUGGAUGAUAUUUUUCAUGAUCCCAUUCUUGGUGAUAUUUGGCGGACUGAUUCCUUUAGCACUUUUCUUGUUGAUAGUAUUGAAGAAAGAGAAAAUGAGCUAAGGGCAAUGGAGAGGUCACAUUUGCUAUUUAUUUAAUGAAUACGAGAAGGAGUGCUAUUAUUGGGAAGAAAUUAAACUGUUAAAAAAAGCAGUUAUGAUAUUAAUCUUGACUUAUUUUGAGACUAAUAUAUGGAUUAAGGCAUCCCUCCUAGGACUUUGCUUAUUGUUGUAUUAAGUAUUAACUGUGAACAACAGACCUUAUGUUAUAUCCAAAUUAAAUCACUUAGAUUUGCAAAGUGGAUAAAUUUGCUCUAUCUCUAUAUUUUUAGCAACAACUAAAUAUUUCUGUGAAGGGUAGAAUAUUCCUAUUACUUCUAUGAUACUUUAAGUUAUAUUGACCAUACUUUUUAUACUCCUCUCAUAUCCAUUUAUUGCAUCCAUCCUAAAAAUUUACAAUAAAAAAUAUAAAAUUCUUUUUUUGACUUAUUUUGAAUUACUAUUGAAAAAGUUAAAAAUAAAACUACUUUAAAUGGAAAUUUCUAGAUUGUUGCAAUAAGAAGUAGAAAAACAACAAAAAUUACAACAUCAUUUGAAAAAAUUAAGAAAAUAUUUAAUGAGCAUUUCCAAAGCUUAAAUAAUAAAUAGACAGUAACAUUAUUCUCUAUACUUUUAGGUUAACACAUAUCUCUAAGGACAAAAGAAUGAAUACUCAAUAGAAUAUUCUAAGUACUGAGCUUGUAGGAUAAUCUAAUAACCUUAUUAUAUUAGAUAGAUAAAAUAUAUGA